CAUGUGCUGGAGUUGUGAUCUGCAUCUCUCUGUACACUGAGAUAAAGGGAUCUGCAAUCAGCUGGCACUGAGGUCAGGCGGGGGCGUAUUGCACGAACGCCCCUAUAUACCUGUUAUCUGGAGCUGUGGGAGUCUACCGUGCGCCCAUAGCCGAUCAUAAGGAGCGCCCUUGAGUUUUGGGGCGUUCGUUAUUUAUACUCUAAUAUCUGCUUCUCUUGCCCGGCGCUCCAAUGCUGAACAUGAGCUCGGAUCAGGACCACACUCCGGAGCCUCCGUGCAGCCCCGCGGGCACAGCUAGCUCAAUGUCACACGUUUCGGACUCUGAUUCGGACUCCCCUCUGUCCCCGGCUGGAUCGGAGGGACGUGGAUCACACCGACCCCCAGGCAUCAGUUCCCUGUCUAAAGACGACCCUGAAGGUCCUCUGGACGAGAGAUUCCCAGCCUGUAUCCGUGAUGCGGUGUCCCAGGUGCUGAAGGGCUAUGACUGGAGUCUGGUGCCUAUGCCCGUCCGCGGAUCCGGGUCACUGAAAGCCAAACCCCACGUUAAAAGGCCAAUGAACGCUUUUAUGGUCUGGGCACAGGCUGCCCGGAGGAAACUAGCGGACCAAUACCCACAUCUGCACAAUGCAGAACUCAGUAAGACUCUGGGCAAGCUCUGGCGUUUGUUAAGUGAGAAUGAGAAGCGUCCUUUUGUGGAAGAGGCUGAACGGUUGAGAGUGCAGCAUAAAAAAGAUCACCCUGAUUACAAAUACCAGCCGCGCAGGAGGAAGAGUGUAAAAGCCGGCCAAAGUGACUCUGACUCUGGGGCAGAACUGGGGCAUCAUCCUGGAUCUCAAAUGUACAAGUCUGAUUCGGGACUGGGCAGCAUGGGAGAAAGUCAUCUCCACGGAGAGCAUACAGGUCAAAACCAUGGACCUCCAACUCCACCGACUACUCCCAAGACUGAUCUACACCACGGUGGUAAACCGGAAUUAAAGCAUGAAGGGAGAAGGAUGAUGGAACCUGGGCGCCAAAACAUUGAUUUCAGCAAUGUGGAUAUUAGUGAAUUGAGCAGUGAGGUUAUCAACAACAUGGAGACCUUUGAUGUUCAUGAAUUUGACCAGUAUUUACCGCUUAAUGGUCAUGUGGCUAUUCCGGCUGACCACGGGCAGAACUCAACAGCAACUUCAUAUGCAGCAUCCUACACGCACCCAGCUGGCACAACGCAAGCACCUGUUUGGUCUCAUAAAAGUCCUUCUACUUCUUCAUCCUCUUCCAAUGAAUCUGGUCAACAGAGGCCUCACAUCAAGACAGAGCAGCUGAGUCCUAGUCAUUAUAGUGACCAGCCUCAUGGUUCACCUCCUCAUUCUGACUACAACUCAUAUAGCGCCCAGGCUUGUGCUACUACAGUGCCUAGUGCCACAGUACCCAGUUCAUUCACCAGCUCCCAGUGUGAUUACACAGACCUUCCAAGCUCUAAUUACUACAAUCCAUACUCUGGGUAUCCAUCCAGCUUGUACCAGUAUCAAUAUUUCCAUUCCUCUCGGCGUCCCUAUGCAACACCAAUUCUUAAUAGUUUGUCCAUUCCACCAUCUCAUAGUCCAAAUUCCAACUGGGAUCAGCCAGUCUACACAACCUUGACCAGGCCUUAAAAUAAUUUGUGUCUCUUGAACUAGAAACUUUUAUGCCAUAACUAUGUUCCUGGUUGCGAACGUCUUCCAGAACAUAUGCACAUGGUCUAUAUGCACUAUAGACAGAACGGAAAUGUGGAAGGCUCAGGGCCAGUUUCUUCCAAGUGCCUGCUGAUAAAAUGAGGACUUGUUCCUAGUCUUAAGAAGGUGGUGAGCCUUCAAACUUCUCCAGAAGGAAAAUAUUGCAAAAACUGAAAACUCUUAUUUUAUGGACUGUGACAUGAGAUGAAAAUAUGGGUCUCCAAUUUUUUUUCAGAGACUAAAAUCUUUUGUAUAAAAUCAGGAGAUGCCAAAAGUUCUAAAACUUACUGAGAUACCAGACCAAUCAAGCAUUUAAUGUAUGCUUUGACCAAUUAACCCAUUUUAACAAACCAUUGUCUUUGUUUCAAUGAAAAUAUUCUGGGGCCAAACAGGAUUGACCAUAUGGCUUGAGUUGUUGCUGCAACUGUAGUAGCAGGCCUUCUUGUUGAUUACCAAACUCCUGUAUAAUGUGUAAACGGGAUAUAUCUCUUGAACUUUAUUCAUAGAGUAGACUUGCAGUGCAUAUCACUGCAUUGUUGUCUAUCCGACUAGAACGACUUAAGAGAACAUAAUUAAAAAUCCCAAUCAUGUCAUUGUGUUUCAAGCUUCCUUGUUGCCUACAAAGAGUCUAUAUCGGUGGAGUUUUCUAAGCAAUGUUUGGUUGUAAUUAACAUUUUUCCCAAAAUGUUCUUAUAGUUCUGAGAAAAAUAAUUUAUGUGCCAUAUUAUAAUUAUAUUAUUACUUUAUUUGUGAAAAGGCAGGGAGUAAAAAUGUCAAUCAAUCAAUUCAUGGAGUAAAUUGCUUUGAGAGAGACAGCCACCUGGUCAUAACAUGGGAAUACAUUUCUGCAGGUUAUUUGAUAUAAAUGAGUAGCUUGUUAGCGAAACGCGUAACCUAAUUCCGUUUUCCAUAAGACUAUGCCAAUACAAGGGACCUGUAACAUGAGUGCCAUUGUUUUUCAAUUGGGGACAUAAUUAAGCUUUUUCUGUAAUGUCUAAAGUCAAAUUUGUUGCUUUUAAUUAUUUUGGUAAUGUUUUUAUUCACUUCCCAUAAAUUUAUUAUUACAGUAAAAAAUCAGUGCUGUAGUUAUUUUGAUGCUUAGAUUUUGACUAAUAUUUGACAUGUUUUCCUUAAUGUUGUCCCUCCCUUUCACUGUAUGCUGAGCAUAUAAUUAACUUCAUUUAUUUUAUAGUAACUUGUGCCUUUAAAAUAUCAAAAAAAGAAACUUUGUAAAUUUGAAAAACAUUUUUAGAAAUUAUUUUGUUCUACAUUUCUUACUAUUUUCUAAAAUAGUUCUUGGGUCAAAUUACCCUUUUAUGCAUUUAAACAAAAUACUUUUCUGCAAAUACUAUUUUUUUGUUCAAGGUGUGAAGAAUUUAAUUUGUAGUUUGCAGCUGUUUUUUUUUUCAUUAAGCAGAUCUAAUAUUUGUAUACAUUAUCUUUUGAGAAAAUUAAAAUGGCUUUUUAUCAAAA